AUGUUGAAAACCUGGUUACUAUCAAUAGUAUACGCGACACUGGACCACAUCCCUCCUUUUGUAUGGGAUGUACUUCAUGUCAUUACAGAUAUCAUUCUGUUUUGGACCUACAAACUUAUAAAUUAUGUGAGACCACAUUCUCGAGUGGUAUAUUAUGAAGCCAUUAAAGAACUAGACCAUUGUGAAACGUACGAUAUGUGGUGUAAUACCGCUAGCAUGGUGGAUGAGAUUACUGGUGCUAACCUAUGGAGACGAAAUUUCUUUUCUAGGAGGUAUGAUUUUAAUUCUGUAUUGGAACAAUAUUCUACUUUACAGAAGGCAUUGGACAGUGGAGAUUUAGAGGCAAUAAAGGAGAAAUUCUCAACAACGGGAGCCUGUAUGUUAAGGAAUUUUGCUGGGAUUGUGGAUAAAAAAUUGUUUACCAAGUCAUUAUUAGGAACCAAGUUACUUAUUGAACAAUUCUUGGAUAAGACUAUUGAAGGGUUGGAUAUCUUAGAUUCUGCAAUGGUGCCCACAGCGUUUUUCCAAAGAUGUAAGUUGUCUUUGGGGACUACUGCAUUAAUAUUACAAGGUGGGUCAUUGUUUGGACUUUUCCAUCUUGGUGUCAUUAAGGGGUUGCUAUCACAGGAUUUAAUCCCCAAUAUCAUUAGUGGAAGUUCCAUGGGGGCUUGCAUUGCAAGUAUAUAUGGUUGCAUGUCGAAUGAAGAAUUGACUGAAUUAUUAACUGGAGAUAACAUUUUAAAUGUAAUUAAGGAUGAUUUCCAAUUAUUAAAAAGUUGCGGAUAUGGGAAUCUAGAACAGCAUUUGAAUUUAGGUACAUUGAUUCAAAAUUUAAUUCAUCAUGGUUAUUCACAAGAUGUGUAUUUAUUUUGCCAAUUUGUUUUGAAAUAUAUUGUUAAAGAGAUAACAUUUGAAGAAGCAUAUCAAAUGACCGGGAAAGUUUUCAAUAUUGUCAUUCACCCAACUGAUAAAUCAUGUCCUAAUUUACUAAAUUAUGUGACCACUCCAAAUAUCUUGAUCAGUUCUGCUAUCAAUUGUAGCCUUGGUUCAGGUGUAAUUUCGGAGGACACAAAAUUGCUUUGUAAGAAUCUUAAUAAUGAAGUGGAAUUAUACCUUUCAGAGGAUAAGAAUCUAAGGAACAGUUUCCUGACUCCAGAAAAUGCCAUAAUACCGGACGAGACAGAAAGCCCAUAUACGAGAUUGACUGAAUUAUUCAAUGUGAAUAAUUUUAUCGUUUCACUGGCAAGACCAUAUUUAGCACCCUUAGUGGUAAAUGAUUUAAAACAUGAAAUUAAAACAUCAAAAUAUUAUUACUAUAAGCAUUAUCCGGAGACGGACAAUGGGAUAAAUUUGCCCGAAUUAGGUAUCCCACAAUUAAAUUUUACUGAGAUGGAACCCUUGGCGUUCAAAUUCAAGUAUCAUUUAGAGAGGAAGUUGAAAAAUAUUGCUACAAUGGAAUUUCAUCAUAGAAUGCAGGUAUUGGAUAAUUUAGGAUUAUUAAGUUCAUGGGUGAAGAGGUUAAUUAUCGAUGAAAAGACGCCUCGAUCUGCCAUUGAAAUUGCAAUAGUUCCCAAAAUCAAGAGUCUUUCGGUGACAAGAAUUAUUGAAGGUCAAUUGGAUAAUAUUCCUUAUUGGAUUCAAUGUGGUGAACAAAGUACAUGGCCCGUUCUAUCCUUAAUUAAGACACGUUGCACAGUAGAGUUUAAAUUAGAUGAGAUAAUAAGGAUAAGAAGAAACAAAUGA